CCAAUAAAAUAAACAAAACAAUAACAAGUGAAUACAACCUGUUCGUAGGGGGUCAGCUAAACCUUUAGGGCACUACUUAAAUCUGAAUUACAUUGCUAAGCCUUAAUCGAGGGCAUUAACGGUUUCUCUCAUUACCGCACUUCGUCAAUGUUACUCUUUUAAAUUUGCCGCUGUUUACCCCGCCUGUAAAAAGAUUAGCCGGCUAACCUGCUAGCGGGGAAGCCAUGCUAUUUCAUAGUGACAUUAAGUUAACCCAAGCGGUGUUUUGUAAAUUUACCUCCUGAACUGUGUGGACUUUUUUGAAAAUGGAGGUGACGGACAUUGGGAACAAAGAGGAGGGUAAAAUCUGGCAUCGAAAACCAACACCGGGGAAGAGUGUGUUAGUGACUGUGGUCCGCACUGCUCAGCAGGCCAAGACGGUGCGUUUCCUCCACGUGGCCUUCGACACCACUGGUGAUUCCUUCCUGGCUGGGGAUCACCAUGGCAACAUUUAUGUUUUUGACAUCAGUAGAAACAGAUUUCGGCUGGUGCAGAAAACAGGACAGGCGUGCACUUCUUUGGCAUUUAGCCUCCGCAGGACUACAGAGUUCCUCGUGGCUUUGGCUGACUACACUAUUAAAUGCUUCGACAAAGACACUAAGCAGCUGGUGAGUUGGAUGCGAGGUCACGAGGGAGCAGUCUCAUCCAUCUCCGUCCACAGCUCAGGCCGCUAUGCAAUCACCACAUCCUCAGACACAGCGCAGCUCUGGGACCUGGACACGUUCCAAAGGAAGAGAAAGCUCAACAUCAGGCAGUCUGUAGGCAUACAGAGGGUGUUUUUCUUGCCUCUCAGCAACACCAUCCUCAGCUGUUUCAGUGAUGAUUCCAUCUUUGCGUGGGAGAGUGACACACUUUUCUGCAAAUACCAGCUCCCUGUUCCCGAUUGUGGACCCAGAAUCUUCUACAAGGCCUUUGCUGUCACACGUGACGGUAAGAGCCUUGCAGCAGGUGGGCGCUCCAACCUGCUGCACCUGUGGUGUCUGGACACCAAACAGCUGCUCAGGGUGAUUCAGAUGCCCACGCAGGUUCGAACUGUCAGACAGCUGGAAUUCCUGCCCGACAGCUUCGACGGAGGAGCCAGCCAGACACUGGGUGUGUUGAGCCAGGAUGGUGUGAUGCGGUUCAUCCACAUUCACACAUGCAAGCUUCUCUUUCACGUGGGUUCCCAUGAUGAAUCCAUCACUACAGUGGCAGUAAGCCCUAACGGCCGACACAUUGUGGCGAUCAUGGAUAAUGGAAGCGUCAAUAUCUACAGCGUCCAGAGUCUCACGCAGGAAUUAAACAAGCCGCCUCCCUCUCAGGUGGCAGUAGUCUCUGGUGGUGAAGCUGAUCAGGACUUUUCAAACCUAAAGGUCAAGGUAAGGUCAGAGGCUGUUCAAAGACCAACCAAGAGUUCAGGCAGACGCACACAAGUGAAGACCCUUAGACCUCCUGCUGGGACUACAGCUGAGGAUAAAGAGUUUCUUUGUGAACAGAAUGAACUUCCAGCUGGUCUAAAUAAGAAGAGACUGGUGGCUCUGCUAAAGGCAUUUGGAGAAUACCCAGCUAAAUACAGAAUGUUUGUGUGGCGGUCCUUGCUGUGCCUGCCAGAGAAUCAUGCAGCAUACAGCAGUCUGACAGACAAAGGCCUACAUUCAGCCUUCCUCACUCUGCAUGAGAAAUACCCCAUCAAAAGUCACAAACUGCUGAGAGGAUUGCAGAGGGUGUUGUCUGCUUUAGCUCACUGGGCAGCCAUCUUUGGAGAGGUGGAAUACCUUCCUCUGGUAGCUUUUCCUUUUGUCAAGCUCUUCCAGAACAAUCCGAUGCUCUGCUUCGAAGUGGUGGCCACUGUCAUAGUGAACUGGUGCCAGCACUGGUUUGAGUAUUUCCCCAACCCUCCACUGAAUAUCCUGAACAUGGCAGAGAAUGUCCUGGCUCAUCAUGACAAGGAGCUGCUGCAGCACCUGGUGGACUGUGGCGUUACUUCGCAGCUCUUCGUGUGGCCCCUGCUGGAGACCUUCUUCUCAGAGGUUCUGACUCGGGAUGAGUGGCUGAAACUGUUUGACAACAUUUUCUCCAACCAUCCAUCAUUUCUGCUGAUGGCCUGUGUGGCUUACAUCAUCUGUUGCCGUGAGCCUCUCCUCCUCUGCUCACAGAAGCAAGACUUUGAGUAUUUCUUCCACCAUCGUAACAACCUGGAUGUUGGAGCAAUGGUAAAGGAGGCCUACCGACUCAUGAGCAGCACACCAGCUGACAUCCAUCCCAGGGCCAUGCUCUCUGACUUUACACCACUGACCAAAGGCCAGUACCCUGUGUUCAAUCAUUACCCAGAAUUCAUAGUGGAAUACCAAAGCAGGGAGAAGGAGAAGAUACGACUGCAGGAGAUGGAGUAUCUCAGAGAGAGGCAGGAGGUGUCAGCAAUGCGUGCAGAUUUUUUACGUCGCCAGGCUGAAGAGGAGGCCUUUUAUGCACAACAGGAGCUGCUGCAGAAAGCAGAAGAACAGCGCAGAAACAUUCUGUCACAGGAAGAGGAGAGACUGACACAGCAGAGGGCAAAGUUGGCCGCCAUGAAGAGAGAGCUCAAGGUGAAGGAGUUAGAGCUGCUGGACACAACCAGAAGACGCUUUCUCAAACACCAGCAGGACCUGAGAGCCUCACAGUUACAAAGACUAGACCAGGAGAUCAGCAGGAAGAUGACUCUUUAUGACCAGGAGACAGCUGCAGCAGUCCAGGAUCUCGAGGUCAGACAGAUGGAGAUGGAGGUUCAAAGGAAACAACUUGAACAGCGUUUGUUGAAAGAGCAGGAGCGUGCAGGACGAGAGGACGAGGAGCAAGUGGAGAGGAGAACGAGGCCGGCGGAAAGAGAGGGAAAGAGUUGCACAGAGCUGCUGCGUAACGCUGAGGAAGACAUGCAGAGCCGGGAGGAGUUCCUCGGAGGGGCACGUCAGCUGGGCCUGGAGUCAGACUGGAGGGAGGUGAGGGAACGCCUGCAGCAGGCAGACUCUGGGCAGGACAGGACGAGAGAGGGACUGACAGAGACGGACACUGUGGGAGAUGUGGCAGGAAGGAAGUGGGAUGAGGUGAUGACUCUCAGAGCUCUGCUACAGGAUCAUCACCAACCAUGCCCUUCAGCAUUUACAGAUGGUGAGGGGCAGACGAGGAUAAGGUCACCGUGUUUGAGUAGAGACCCUCUACACAGACACGGUGCCGUCACUCCUGUCAGGACUAACUCCUUCACCACUGCGAGACCAGCAGGAAGUCAGGUGUUGUGUCUGAACAGCAGCUCACCCUCAGAGAGCACCUCCACCAACUUCUCACUGGACCGAGGUCGGGCCCAGCUGGACAGCAGUGAGAGAGAACUGCUGAAGGAAAUCAGAGAACUGAGACAGAAGCUGGCAGCAAGAGCCAAAGAGGGCAGCUCUGCCUCCUCACAGUCUGUCCACACACUGUCCUCCCAGUGACCACAACUCCCUCAAACUCUGGCUUCACAGAGUCACAGAAACAUAUUCUUAUCUCGAGACCUCUGGAACAGACGGACAGUGAAUCAGACCGAUGAGCUAACUGCUUCCAAAGAAUGUUUUUGCCAUCCAUCCCUCCACCUUAAAGUACAAAUGCAGUCAAACAGCUUCCACUCUUCAUCCUCAUGAAAACUCAUGUUUUAGCAAAACACAAGUCGAGAACAGAAACAGUUUAUUUCAGUUUCUGGCUUUGUUUGUGCUUCAUGUCAUGUGCACAUUGUUGCUCGCAUCAACCUGUAAUGUUUGGGUGGUUCUCUCAAAAACCAGCUUUGACUAUUUUUCUUUAAGCAGUGUGUAAGACCAUCUGACAUACUCUCGGUACUGUGUGUAACGGACUCACACGCUUCUUCUGCAGAGUCCAUAGUGAAGAAUAAACUGUUUAAAUUUGCUGUCAUGUUUUUAACAGAUGUGCAGUUCUUACAUGAGUCCUUUUUUACUUUAAUGUAUUUUGUAUUUGCUUUAUUUAAAAUCUAUUUACAUAAAAACAUUUAAAAAUCUG